AACCCUACAAUAAUAGGGCUGAUAAAAAUUAAUUUGCAGAAGUUAAGCAGCCGCCGCCGGAAUCGUAGCUACCAUCAGCUUGAAGCUUUUGUAAUUUUGUACUUUUAUACGACGUGAGGAAGAAGCACACGAUGACCGAUCUGCGGAACGAGAUGGACAGUGACCUGGACCAGAACUACUCUCUGAACAGCAACGCGGACCCCAAGAACAUGCAGGAGCUGACCAUUUACGUACAAAAUCUGUUGCAGAAUGUGCAGGACAAGUUCCAGACCAUGUCUGAUCAGAUAAUCACGCGCAUUGACGACAUGGGGAACCGUAUCGAUGAUCUGGAAAAGAGCAUCGCCGAUCUGAUGAACCAGGCCGGGAUCGAGGGACAGGUCCCGGAGAAAUGAGAUCCGUAGUGCUGGCCGCCGGCCACACCCCUCUGGAGAAUGAAAUCCAAAACCCAUAAGAUACAUACACACAUGCAUCGAACACCCGGCACCAGUCCCAUCCUCACCUCGUCACCGAAUUAAAGAUUACAAUUCCAGGCUAUCACAUUCAUUUAUAUGUAUAUUCCCGCACCCAUUUGCUCUCAACAACACACUUGCUCAUCUGUUUAUUGCGUAGCUUUAAGUUUCCCGAACGGGAGCAUCAUAAUUUAAGUAAAGUAAUACGUUUUGUGAGCAACGGGCCAAUAAUUUAGAGUUAUUUGCCUUUUAGUUUCUAUUUAUAAUCGUAUUAAAACAAAUUCGAGAAUUGUAA